GAAACAAUGCAAAACUUUUAUUGUAAUAACCUGAUAAUAAUGGAUAAAGUAGAAGAGAAAGGCCCUGCAAAUGGGAGAGACGAUUACACGGAAGAUGGAACUGUGGACCUUAAAGGGAGACCUAUCUUACGAUCAAAGACUGGCAGAUGGAGAGCUUGUUGGUUCAUCGUAGGAUAUGAGGUAUUCGAGAGGAUGGCAUACUAUGGGAUAGCAUCAAAUCUAGUGUUGUAUUUGACAAAGAAGCUCCAUGAAGGCACUGUAGCAUCUUCGAAUAAUGUUACCAACUGGGCUGGCACCGUCUGGAUAUUGCCAAUUUUAGGUGCAUACAUUGCAGAUGCUCAUCUUGGCCGGUUCUGGACUUUUAUCAUUGCUUCUGCAAUUUAUCUCAUGGGAAUGACCCUGUUAACCUUGGCAGUUUCACUGCCUUCACUAAGGCCACCAUCCUGUGGUCCUAACAUCAAGGAAGAAGACUGUGACCUAAAGGCCUCAGCUCUUCAGAAGGGAAUAUUCUAUGGGGCACUAUACAUAAUAGCAGCAGGUACAGGUGGAACCAAGCCUAACAUAUCCACCAUGGGCGCAGAUCAAUUUGAUGAUUUUGAACCCAAAGAAAGGACCCAAAAAUUAUCAUUCUUCAAUUGGUGGAUGUUUAGUAUUUUCUUUGGCACCCUCUUUUCAAACACAUUCUUGGUUUACAUCCAAGAUAAUGUGGGUUGGACCCUUGGUUAUGCCCUUCCAACAGUCGGGUUAGCCGUUUCGAUCGCUGUAUUUCUGGUGGGCACUCAAUUCUACAGGCAUAAACUGCCGGCUGGGAGUCCUUUCACCAGGAUUGCUCAAGUACUUGUUGCUGCAUUCAGGAAGCAACAUGUUCCCCUCCCAAAUGACCCUAAAGAGCUUCAUGAGCUUAGCCUUGAGGAGUACUCAAGAUCAGGAAAAUUCAGAAUUGAUCACACCCCUUCUUUAAGAUUCUUCGACAAAGCCGCUGUGAAGACAGACUCAACCUCGCCAUGGAUGCUAUGUCCAGUGACCCAAGUAGAAGAAACCAAGCAAAUGAUGAAAAUGCUUCCGGUUUUGGUGGUUACAUUCAUACCAAGCACCAUGUUAGCUCAAGUACACACACUAUUCAUCAAACAGGGCACAACCUUAGAUAGGCGCAUGGGACCUCAUUUUGAAAUCCCACCAGCAUGUCUAACAGCAUUCGUGACAAUCUUCAUGCUGAUUAGCCUUGUCCUUUAUGAUCGUUAUUUCGUGCCAGCAGUUAGACGAUACACUAAAAAUCCAAGAGGAAUUACAUUGCUACAAAGAAUGGGAAUUGGGUUUAUCUUGCAUGUGAUUAUAAUGACCGCAGCUUGCUUAGCUGAAAGGAGAAGACUUAAUGUUGCAAAGGAACAUAACAUUGUUGAAAAGGAUGCCAUAGUUCCUCUGAGUAUUUUUAUACUCCUUCCUCAGUUUGCUUUGAUGGGUGUUGCUGAUACUUUUGUGGAAGUUGCAAAGUUGGAGUUUUUCUAUGACCAAGCACCAGACGGAAUGAAGAGCUUGGGGACUUCAUAUUUUACUAGUAGUUUGGGAAUUGGGAAUUUCUUGAGUAGUUUUCUGCUGGGAACAGUUGCUGAUAUCACAAAGAAACAUGGUCAUAAAGGGUGGAUUUUGGAUAAUCUAAAUAUCUCUCACUUAGACUACUAUUAUGCAUUCUUAACUAUCCUGACGUUCAUUAACUUGUUGGCCUUCUUCGUCGUGGCUAAGUUCUUUGAUUACAAUAGCGAUGUGGAUGCGAAAAAGGAUUUGCAGGAAGCCGUUGAAACUUCACCAAACAAGCUUCAUACUGGAGAUACUUGAAGACUGGACUGGACUGAACUGAACAGAUGAGAGACUUGUUUGUAUAGUUUUGUGGAUUCUUGGAAUAUUCAUACGCCAAAGGCAAUCUAUAGAAAGAGGCAAAGCUCAUAAAUGAUGUAAAUAGAAUUGGCAAUACUUCUAUUCUACAAAUGGGAACAUACUCACCAUAGAGACACCAGUACUUCAUGUAUUGAUUUCACCGUUGAGAAAGUAUACUCCAGCUCCUGUUUCUUUUUUUCUUUUUUUUUCUAUUAUCAGAAAAUUGUGUAUUCUUUUUAUCUCA